AUACGGCGUAGACGUCAUAGGUUAACCGAAUCAGCUGGAUCUGAUUUAGGCUUAGUGGACCGGAAGACGUCGGGACUCCACCUUGACCGAAACGUUGGCUAACCUUUGGACCGCCGCUGGAACGCCGCUAAGCCAUCACAUACGGUAUUGACAUUCCUCCUCGUGGUCGUUUGACAUUUUGGCUAAGCAGUCGUAGACUGCUGUGUAUCGUCUCGUGGAGUGACGCUAUAACGGCUUUCCCGAUAGAGAAAAAGGUUCGUCUCUCGAGGUUGUGCUAUCUUUGAGCUGCGGAAGUUCUGUCGGAGUGGUAUCACCAAACAAGAACUAUAUAUUCAAUCCACAACAAGGAUUCUUUGUGAUACCUGUCAAACACUCUCAAAAAUACUCUCGACCUUCUCUCGAUUUCUUUGGUUCUUUCCGCGUGGUGUGGAUGUUUUGACAGCUUGGAGAGCAUUCUUACUGUAUCGGUGCUUUGAUGACCAUUUCCUACGCCUACUGCGAUACGAAAUCUCCAUUUAAAGAAUCGCAAUAACUCACUGACUGCCAACAAAAGUUAUCAGCGGAUGUUCGCGUGAUUGGUUAAUUUGGGAUAUGUCAAUUGCUCCCCGACUCAUCUACAUGUACUUAGAUUUAUAACCAGCCUCUAGUGGUUAAUUUUGGUGUCUAGUGCCAUCCAUCUAGUCUUUCCCAUUGGCAGGGUGGUAUGUAUGUAUGUUUCGCAGUGAUCAAUAUAUCGGUUGCCAAUCUCUUCCUUGGCUUCUCUGAACGUUCUUGAAAGACAGCGACGUUGCUGGAAUUGUGGUGGAGUAGAGGACGAAUUGAGUCGAGUUGAACGGGAAGGAUCCGUCGAUAAACGAAUUGAGAACUCUUCUUUCAUACCUGGUUGCACUGGAUUCGGAAGGAAUCGUAAAAAAGACUUUCUAACUUGUUGUACUGCAUACUAUCAAGAGUGGAGGCGAGGGAAUAUCCAAGCCGGUCGUUGGAAAGCCCAGGUCGAGGUUACAGAGUUCUUCCUGGUGACUUGCUGUGAGGAAACGGUCGAGGCACUCUGACAUACCACGGGAUCUUUGUCGAGAUAUUUCGCAAUUCUUUAGCCCUUGGAAGAAGCAAUACGUUUCCUAGCAACAGUUUUGCUUCUUCCCCAAUGUUAAUGCCCACAAAUCCUUAAGGAUCCUUGCGAAAAAAACUUAAUGUCACUCUGACAGGUUUUGUAUGCCCUUCAUGUCACGCCAAGGCUCAUGUCGUACUUUCAUUCAUUCGAAACGUUAGCGUAACAAAACUGCCUGUCUCUUAUAAUUUUAGCCUUAUUCUGGCAGUUCCGGCAAGAAUUUUAAUGAUAUAGCAAUAAAUCUCUCGAGGAUACAUGGGAGCUGCUAUUGGAGUUGGAUUAGGAGCAACAACGAAGUUCUGCUUAAAGUGUCUUGCUGCAAUAAGAACUCGUCAGUGAAAUCUACAACGAAAGUGAUUUUUCAAUCAGGGAUGUCAGUGUCAGUGUCACUGUAACUGUCCAGUCUACACUCUGAUGUCUGGUCUUCUCACAACAAGUACAAAUUGGACAUUUAGGCCACAGCAUGCAUCGGUUAGUGGUGUCAUCUCCCAUCGCGACUCGUGCAAGGCAAUUAACUAACAUUUAGCAAUUAGCUGAUAAGUUUGGACACCCAGAGGACAACACGUUUGCACUCGUUAUAUGUGUGCCGAGCCAACAGUCGACUUGCGAGUUAUCGAUAUAUACAUGCGUUAUUUUGUACGCUCUUAACUUGACAAAAAAACUGACAUUUCUUCCAAUGUUUCAAAGAUGCCUUGUGACUACGUUGAUCUCCGUAAAAACAACCUGGACACUCUGACGUCACUCUCGAUGGAUGUGAAAUUCUGGCCAAAAUUCAAACGGGUUACUACGGCUGGCUGUUUUGCACGCAAUUCUGGCAUAUGCUAUCUUAAUACCGUCACCUCCGUUCAAGCUUAUGUAAACUACACACUGGCUAGGAUGCUUGCAUUUGUCAAUAAUUGAACCGAACAGGAAAUAACACUGAGAUACCAACCACGUCAAGAGCGGAUCACUGGUAGAGUGUAACCUCGGCCAUAUAAAGAGAUGAAGAUAUAGCCGUUCUGGGAUAAAAAGCUUUGGAGUACCAGGGUAAUCAUCAAAAUGAUCUACGGUUCAUUGGCAGAAAGCAGACACUCAUAAUCCUUCUUCGAAAUAUUGCUAACUGUCCGUGUACCAAUCUGCAUUGACAAUCCCGAUUGCUAUCUGGGAAGAUAAUCACCCGGCAAGAAUAGUCUAUAGUAUAAAUCAGCCUCGCAUUAUGACUUAUAGUGGGACAUGAUUUAUUAUCAUCCGAAUGAAUCGGAUUCAAUUUAAUUAGUGUCAUAGGUGUUCCGGAUGAUAAUAAUUGGUACUUGGCGCUGAUGACGUCACGAUCUGUUGGGUUCCGCGUGCUCCUCUAAUGCUUCUGCUUACCAUGGAAACGGGACUCCACCGAGGGUUUGUAUGGCAACGAAAUUAGCAGUUGAUCAUCACGCCAACACCAAGAGUAGUUGAUGCGGUGUGUGUGACAGCUAAGACCUGCUUUCUGUUGGUCUGGACUUAAUUCACGAUUGGAGCUAUUUCAUCUCAGGAACAACUAUAACUUUUGAUCAUCGACUUGGAGAGUUGCAUUCAACCGGAAAUCUACCACUCAGAACAUUGCUUCCAUUUGGGUGUAUAUAGUUUCUUUGGCGUUCUAAGUGGGGAACGAAUUGUACCGAAGCGUUACCAGUGCAAGGACACCAUUAACCUUCGAAUUAAGUAUAACUUGUGAUAAGCCACUGUGAUUAGCUGUUUGAACGACCUUGUUUUAUCUGCGUAUUGGAUUGCUAUCGUCCUGGCUACAUUUUCACUGAAUCUUCGAUUUCUCUAAUUAGACUAACUUCUCAUAUUGUCGAUUUCUUGUGCUCGCCGACCUGAAGAUAGGCCAACGCAAGCUGAAUCUUCGUAACUUCUGUGAGGAAAAUACACGAUUCACGUUGAACUAAACUAUCUGAACAGUGUCUUUCUAACCAACCACCUCAGUUUCUAGCCUCCUGAAAUCAGCUGUGUGUAAUAUCAGUCUACUUGGAUAUAAUAACACUUGGACGAAUCUCGGCCAACUAAACUGCCAAGUACAUGUAACCGGUGUAAAUCAUCCUGUGAUCUAGACGUUUGCUCAAGAAUAGUCUCGUGUCGUCUGCCACCAGCAAUCGCACAGAAGAUUCAUCUUCGUUUCCGCCCACCUCACGAGGUUACGGUCCUCACUCCCGUGGUUAUGUUCUGAAGAGAUCAAAUAUUUGUCCGUGAUAUCACGUCUGCGGCAUUUCUAGCCACUCAAACCGCCGGAAUCUAUCUAUUGACUGUAAACAUCACUGAUCGAUGUAUGGGUCAGUCGCGGCCUGGGCGUGAGGUCAAACAAUACAGAAAGAAAAUAUACUUCGGGGAAUUGUAGACCAGGAUCUUGACGACAUUCAGCCAAAUUUAGAAGCUACCUGGUUCGCCUGCCAAAUCAGAACCUGUUAAUGAAGUUUCAUUGCAUUCCGAUAAAAUCGUCUACUAUAGGCGAAUUUGGUUACAUAUUGGACACAGACUUGUGCUUAUAUGGACCGGGAGACGAUGGAUACGCUGAUCUGCUCUUCCUACCGAUAUCCAAUUUGUAACUGAACUAUGAAAGAAAUUUAGGUCGGAGUCGGUAACAAGUAUCCUUAAGAAAAACCAGCACGGAGAAUCGUACAAACAGGACAAUUCCAGCUUUCUCAAGAAAGAUCCCUACUCAUUCAAUUUUCCUUGUCUAAGUUAGGGUAUGAUGAAGGCAGGGAACCAACAAGCUGCCCUCGGCAAGGUACAGGAGUUCUUCAAUGAGACCUUGCCACGUAGACUCACAUCAACUCUCUCCUUUUCGGGACUAGCUAACCUGACGAAGAAAUAUCGCAAGGGGUCGCUGACGGCUGUCCAGAAUGGACCUGACAGACGACGCUUUAGUGCUCCAGGUAUCGACACGAGGAUCAAGUUCAGCCUUGAGCCUGUGGGUGGUGAUGACACCUUCCAGCAGUGGCAUGAUGCCAUGAAGGCAGUGGCAAGGCUUCCAUUGGGUAUACCAAGAGAAUUCCGAAAAAAGGUGUGGCUCAGCCUUGCGGACAAUCAUAUCAAGAGUAUUCAGAUUGACUGGGAGAAGACCAAGCGCUUUUGUUUCAAUGAGAGGAGUAACCCAGAUGACAACAAACUCGGCAUACAGAUCGUUAAGGACUUGCACCGAACUGGAUGCAGUGGUUUCAGUGGUCAGGACAAUGAGCAAGACCGUGCCGUCUUAAAACGUGUGCUGCUGGCGUAUGCGAGGUGGAACAAACACGUAGGGUACUGCCAGGGCUUCAAUGUGCUGGCCGCCCUCAUCUUGGAGGUGAUGGAGCGAAGGGAGGAUGAUACAUUGAAGGUGAUGAUCUUCCUUAUCGACCACGUGCUACCUGACAGCUACUUCGCCAACAAUCUCCGUGCGUUGUCGGUCGACAUGGCCGUCUUUAGAGAUUUAUUGAGGUUCAGACUAGAUGAUCUUUCAAAACAUUUAGAUUACCUUCAAACGGCUGCUCGGGACAAAAAUUCAGGCGUUUGCCAAAAGUUACAGGCCUCUUACGAGCCACCUCCAGACGAGCUCUUAUAUCCCGAUGCUGCUGAUCCAAGUACCAGUUAUGAACCACCUCUCACUAAUGUGUUCACCAUGCAAUGGUUUCUCACCAUGUUCGCCACAUGUCUUCCCAAGCCAAUCGUCCUGAGAGUGUGGGACUCCAUCUUCCUGGAAGGAUCUGAAAUAUUGCUCAGAACUGCGUUAGGGAUCUGGGAGAAGUUAGCAGAUCGUAUCAUGUCAGUGGAGAGUGCCGACGAGUUUUACUCAACCAUGGGGGUGUUAACACAAGAUAUGUUAGAUAGUAAUAUGUUUGAUCCAGAUCGAAUGAUGAAGAAUGUGUACUCAAUAGCCCCAUUCCCCCAUCCGCAAGUCAAAGAACUGAGGGAGAAGUACACGUACAACAUCACCCCGUUCACGGCAGCCAUGUCGACUGGCGGGAGGCGGAGUGCCAGAGGCAUCUUGUUCAGCGAUGACGACGAUAUCGAAGAUGAAGAUCUGGAGGCGGUCAGUUGCUUCACCGGGAUACUGGGACCACAGAAUUUCAGAGGCAGAAGUGAAUCCGGUGAAGCGAAAGUGAAUCACGCAGACAUCUCCAAUGUUAGCCCAGGAGCUUAUGCUGCCAACCCCCACGAGCAGAUGCAGGAUUCACCCUUCAUGGAGAGGAUGACCACCGACAUUGAUGCUCUGAGGAAACAGUAUGAGAAGUUACGGCAGAGGCAGCAGCAAGCUCAUGUUAUAUUGGCGGCUGCCAAUGCCAGGCACAACGCGAAGAGUAAGAUAGAAGCAGCUAUGAUGCCAAAGAUCGAAACUCCAACUGUGGCGAUGAACCACCUCUUCGUAUCCAAGGGACGGGGCAAUAAAAAUCGUCAUGUGACAGAAGGACCACGGAUCGCAAUCAUGGGUGCCCCCAUGGUGAAGGCCCAGCUCAGGUUGACGCACCCACAGAAACAAGCAAACAGGUCUAGAAGGCCGAGCCAAAGCGAUGAGACUUGUAGUAUGUCUUCGGUCACUACAGAAGAGCCUUGUUCUAUCAGCGAGGCUGGAACGUAUUGCCAGGAUCGUGACGAAAGUGAGGUGACGUCGAUUGUGUCAAGUGGAGAUUUAGAAUCUCACGUGUCUGAACCAGACUCCAAGAUUAGUGUUGGUUCUGAUGGAGAGGUGAUAAAUGGGGGCGCUAGUGUUGUUCCAUCUGUUGGCAGUGAGGGGAGUGAUUCUGCUGGAGACUUGAGGAGUUCUUCCAGUGACAAUGGUGUGAUUAAAGAGAAACUACUCAAAGACAAGUGUAAUUUACAGAGUAAAAUACAGCUGCAGAGUCUCCACGGGGAGAGUUGCCACCUACAAGAGAUCAGGGACGGGUUUGUGAUUCCUAAAACGCGGACGGAUUACUCUGCAUCUGGGACAUCAGAUGACCAGGAAACUGAUCAAGAUGGCGACUUGCCCUUGGAAGAACAGGCAAAGCAAGAUAUCACUGCAGCUUAUAUCACCACACUGACUUAUAAAUCUCACAAAAGUGCCCAUGAUAAGACGUCCCCUCUUCCCUCCUACACUCCCUCCCCAGUUGAAAGUCCCACGAAAGAGAAGAUCCGUAAUCCAUUCCCUGUGCGCUAUGCUAGUCAACAGCGUCACAAGAAUGGUGUGAAGUUAGGACUUUACGAUCCGGAAACUGCUCUCCAGGAUUAUGAGGAGUGUCAUCGACAAAGACCGUCUCAUACAAAAGGUAUCAGCCGUGCCCAUAUCAACAUGUGCCUCCACCGCCAGUAUAUGGCAGAGGUCCGCGAAUCUGCUAAGAAAACAAAACGGUGAUUGUGACAUUGUGAUUACUGCACCGAAACUACACUUAAAGUAUUCCAAAGAAGAUAUAGUUAUGUUUAUAAUUGGAUGUGAGGUAUGACAAUGUGGUGUUUGUGGAUUUACCAUCUUUGCAUUUACUCGUUGCCAAUAUCAGGACAUAAUGCAAGCCUUUGUCGGUUCAUUUAUUACCUGAUGUAUUGAUCGACCUCUGGAGUGCAUUGCCUUGUACUAGAGGAGUUGACGCUCUGGCUUCACUAACUUAAAUAGUGUGGUGUGGGGAUGGAUUUGCCAUCUUGGAAGACUGUCUUGAAGCUGAUGGAAGCGUUGUUUCUCUCUCAACUUCUAUCAAAGAUAUUGUUACAUUUGCACAUAACUUAUUAUCAUCUGCCCUUUCUCUGUGUUCUGUCUCGUCAUGUCUAAACCUGUCUCGUGGUUUGCCCCUGAAGGUAUUACCGUAGUAUACUCUUUUACUUUGUUUUCUGUAAGAUCUCGUCUACAUAACCUAACAUGAAUCUAGUGCAAUACAACAAGCUGACAGUGGAAUGGUCUAAUCGUGUGGAGGCAGCCUCUGGAACGCCCUUCAAGUUCUGUUCGCCUUGAACAAGCCUUUUCAUCCAAGGGGUAUGAAGGUUGUGGUAUGUCAAUACCUAGCAGGUCAUCUCGGAGAAAGAGUAGCCGUUGUUACUGCUGUCACGAUACAGGUCACUUGGACAGUGAGUGUGUCGUUGGCUUGUUGCAAAUGUAUUUCCCUGUGGAUGUCGCAGAACUGGAUGUAGUGUUCCCAGUUGCAGCAAGAGGGGGAAAUUGUUGGUUCUGGAGGAAGAACUCUCAAAAUGUGUAGUGCUCUCCUUCACAUCUUCGGUAAACUGAAUGAACAGACUAAUCAAACCUGCAGUGAGUUUUCUCAGUUGAGCACACAAAUUCAAAUAUGCCGCGAAGACGUUGAAUGUGUUUUCACCAACCGGCAGUGCGCUUGUCGAAGAGUGGAUACAGAAAUUUGGCGCGCCCUUAAGGCUACAUGGUGAUCAAGGGGCCAACUUCUCCUCUGCCGUAGUCAAAUAAACAAUAGUGUCAAAAUAUUCCGGUUAGAAUUUAAUUUAUUGAUUAAAAGUUCCAGCUCAUUCCUUGUGCAAUAAAGACAUGUUCUGUAGUCUAUUCAUGUAUACACUUUGUUGGUGCUCGUUCGAGUGAUUGUUUAUCUGUUGGUUUCGUUGAUAGUUGGAGUGCUAGUCCAGUGAAUUGAUAAAAGUAUGUUUGCUCAAUAUAAUGGGUGUCCAAAAGUAUAUGCAAACUAGUUACUUAUUUCAGUUUGUUACGUAUCGGUUGGGAUUGGGUAUCGAGGGGAGAUCUCACCCACUAGAAAAUAAGGACACCCUACCAAAUCAUUUUGUCCGGUCAUGUGUAAUAUUAGUCAUCUCCGCAGCUACAGGCAGAGGCAGUCUCUCCACGUGUACAAAAACCCAAUUGUCAAAGAGGAUCCACAUUAUUUUGUCCUGAAGUGUACUUACUCGAACUCAAAAUAAGAGUUUGUUAUCCUUCAGAAUGCCCAGUCAUUUUACAUGGUUGGGGUUAUAAGACUAGCUGCCUCUGACUGUAGUUAUUGUCUAUUUAUUGUGGUCUGUGAAGUAUCUGUGUCUCUAAUAGUAGCAUUCCGAGUCCACCGUCUGAGAUUACGUGUACAGACUGAGGAAUAUGAUCACCAUACUGCCAAUGCAUUAGAUAUGGAAAGUCUAGUAGGGUCUAGGAACUGGAUCCGGGUCGUUCUGCCAAGCCACGAACUUGAACUGGGAUCAUCAUUCGGUAAUUGUGGUAGUGGCAUUUGAAGAAACAAAGAAGUGAAUGGGAGAUAGGAUGGGAAGUAUGUUAGCAGGUGGGAUAAACUUCUCCGUUCAUCUUGCAUAAUCAUGUUUGUGAUGUAACUUCGUGAAAGCAGAUACACUUAGAUGGUAACAGGUUAAUUGGGGCUUGGGCACUGGACGUGGGCCCUUUUGAAUCGGGCUGCACAAGAGAUCGGGCCGGGAGUCUAUGGCUAACAUGGCUAAGCAGUAAGCAUCACAUUUCUUGGUAUACUCUCAUUUUAUUGAGUGUUUUUGUUUCAUUCUCAAUUCAUAAGGUAAUGAGCAUUGAUGCAGGGUGUGUCAGAAGUAGGCCUAGUUUCAAUUUGUGUGUCACGAUUAUUUAGCGAUACGAAGGUUCGUUCAGCACAAGUGUUUUGGAUGCGCGGAACUGUAUUGUUGGUACGUGCUAUGGCCACUAAUCACAGUUAUGUUCGAUUGUUCAAGUUGCGGGUAGUAAAUGAUGACAGCAGGUUAUUGUUGUUCUGUACGUUUAGUCUCUUUCUGUUACACCCUGUAAGGCAGUUACGUCAUCCACAAAGAGUGACUGUGUGUAUAUAUAUUGUUACGGGCGGUAAGAUACAAAGUGAUGAAAAAUAAGAAAUGACCACCCUUUCCAUGAUGAGCACACCAACUACAUACAUGUACAAUAGUUAUUUUUGUUUGGCCAGCAUGUCAAAAGUUUGGCUACCUAAGAUUUCGUUUACAGUUUUUUCCAGUUUAAUUGUAAAUUUCCUGUACGGUUCAGAAGCUAAUAGUUUUGGUCAACUUUUGAAGAGGAUCAUGAUGGGGUUGUAAUAUUGGUGAAUAGGGCAUCUCAUAUUCUCACUGCAUGUCUUAUCGCCUAGAUUGGCGAAGGCGAGGGUCAGAUUGUGUUCUUUGCUAGUCAGUUGUUUGAAAUAAAGUAUAACUUCAUAUUGAUUGUAA